UUAUCGAGGCUUGGAGGGUCCUCUCUUUACAACCCUCUGGAGAGGCUAAACGCGGCGGGACUCUCGGGUUGUUGUUUUUUUAACGGAGUUCCCCAGCAGUUGCUUGUGUGCACUUUCGUUGCAGCGGCGUCUUUGGACUUACUUUCUGGUGGACCUGCUUACAGCUGCGCUUGCUAAAACUGCUCAGGCUCUUGCAGAAACAGAGACCUCCCGCUCAACUUUGCUUAUUGUGAAUUUCGGACGGCAUGGCUACUGGGAACAUUGGGAAGAAGCUGCAGUCAGAAAUAACUUGCUUUGUGUGUUUGGAGUACCUCGUACAACCGGUGACUCUUGACUGUGGGCACAACUUCUGCCAUGCCUGCAUUGUGAAGCACUGGGGGCAGAUUUCCAACGGGAACACUUGUCCUCAGUGCAGAGUAGCAAUUCCUCGGUUGAAAUUGAAGCCCAAUGGGCAGCUGGCUAACGUCGUCCAGUUAAUCAGGCAACUGAGUGAUCAGGCAAAGCAGAUGGCAAGGACAAGCAAAACCUGUCAGGGACAUGAACCGUCAAUAUUGUCUUUCUGUAGAAGUGAUCUUGUCCCCUUUUGCAUACAUUGUGAAGAAUCCCAGGAGCACCAGACUCAUGAUGUUAUCUCUAUGGCACAAGCUGCGGAAGAGUACAAGGAUCAAUUUUUAAGCUGUAUUGAGAGUCUACGGAAGGAGAAAGAAGUGAUUAUGCAGCAUCUCUCAGAUACAGACAAGCAAAGUCAAGACCUGUUUCAACUAGUAGAAGCAGAGAAAAAGAAAGUGAUGGAUGGGUUUAAUCAUCUGCGUCAAUUUGUAUUAGAACAAAACACCUUUUGGCUUGCUAAGGUUGAAGAGGCAAAGACGGACAUCGUGUUGGAAACAAAUAAUCAGAUGGCUAUAAUCUCCAAGGAGUUGUUUGUUCUUGAUUACAUCAUCCAGGACAUGGUUGAGAAAUGCGAUCAGCCAGCGUUGGAAUUCCUAGGGAAUGUCGGAAGUGUCUUGGAACGGUAUAAGAAGAAGAAGAAAUUUGGGAAUCCAGGGGUCUUUUCACCAGAGAUUAAACACGGAAUCUGGGGAUUGCAGAACUUCAAUUCUUUUCUGCCUGAUGCUGUGAAACAAUUUGAAGAAACUCUGGAAUCUGGAUAUCAGCUGAAGAAACAAAAUGAAAAUACCACUUUGGAGCCAGACCCAACUCAGGAGAAACGUGUGAGGCUAGAGGAGACCUGUCAAGAUCCAUGAAAAACUUUGAAGGCAGAUGGCUCCUGGGAAGUUUACAGUACUUUAGGAUGUUUGCAAUGUAGUUGUUAAAGAAUUUCAUUGAAGGGA